AACAGACACGGCAAGCCAAUCGUUUGCAAAUCUAUCGAAUCCCAUGUGAUUCGACAACCUUAGCGAACAAAAUUGGAUCCGUCCUCAGUCCAACCUCACCAUCUCCCUCGAGGAUCCAUGGCGCGUGUUGUCGAUCGUACUCGAACAAGAAGAUGAUCGCUGCAUCCCAGCCGUCUGAUCCGAGAUCACCACGCCCUAUCCCAACGUCGCCGUCGUCGGUACGUCGCUACGGGGAGUCGGUACAUCGACGUACUAUAAUACAAGGGGACCCUUAUUUGUACCCAGCUAACUGAAGCCGUCCAUCUCCUCUUCGUCCAAUCAGACGGCCUCCAGCCUCCGUAUCACGGUGCUCUGGUUACCUCCUGUCUCCUCCCUCUCCCGACUAUGGCAAAGCUUAAAAGUUUGCGCCGUAUCGUCACUUGCGGUGACCGUAAUCGAGUUGAAGCGAAAUGCCAAUGCUACCCCUAAUGUGCAUUGUGAAUCAACGGUAUCGUCACCAUUUAUUGCGGACCAUCGAAAGGCAUCGGUCAGUUAACGCACCGAGUUACAGAGUCGGUAUUAUCACCGAGCAGUUGGAACAGUUAACGCACCAUUCCCGUUGCAAUGGGUCUUUUCAAAAUCUCCCGCUUUCCUGGGUACGGCCGUCCAGACCACCAUACUGUGUACGAACAGGGUUCUGGUUGUGUACCGUCCAUCAUACGACACGUCACACAUCUUAAGGUGGGUACUCAUCCGCAUAGAUGCGGAAGCAGAUAUUGGAGACACAGUGAGACCGGCUAUCGGCGGUCGACAGUCCGAGCUCUCCUAUAAAAGAACGACCCUUCCCACUCUCCAUCUCCGCUUCCGUUCUUGCGAAACCUGCAGGGCCUUUUUUCCGAUAUAUUUCCCAAUAAAUUAGCUCUUUUUGGGAUAAGGGAGAGCGAAGGCUGAAAGGAGAUGAAGCUGAAGGGAAAGAUACAUCCGUCGCCGGCGGCGCAGCUUCCCGCCGCUGGCUCGCCCCAGCAGCAUCAGAGCCACGACGCCCUGGCGGUGCUCAGCCUCCUCCCGGCGGCGAUCCUCGCGCUGACGGCGGUGAUGGGGAAAGAGGACAGGGAGGUGCUCGCUUACCUCCUCACACGAUCGAUCGAGGGCUGGGCGGAGGACCGGCGCCAUUGCCAGAGGCCGGGCCGAACCCAGCACCGUCCGGUCUUCGGCUGCGGGUGCUUCGACUGCUACACCGGCUUCUGGUCGCGGUGGGAUUGCUCCCCCGACCGCGAGCUCAUCCACCAGGCCAUCGAGGCGUUCGAGGAGCACCUGGCGAGCUCGGAGAGCAAGGGCGGGGCCAGCGCGAGGGUGCGGCGGAGGGAGCGCAAGGCGGCGCAGCGGGCGGAUAAGGGCAAGAAGAUUAAGGGGAAAGAGACGGACAUGGCUCGGAGAAAGCCGGAGGAGGUGGAGAAGGAUGCCGCGCUGACGAUGGUGGGAGAAGCGGAGAGCGUCUCCGACGAGGAGGCGCCGGUGUCGGAGACGGCGGAGGAGGAUGAGGGGGCCGAGACCGGGAGCGGCGAGCGGCGGAGGGGGUGGGCGGACGUGAUUGGGGUAUUUAAUUCGCGCUUGUGGAGCCUCUGGAGUCCGGGCGCGUGACGUGUCGCCUGUGACUGGGGAAAAAAAUAGAGGAAAAAAUUAGAAGAAAUAUAUUAAAUACUUUUUAAUCCGCUCUGUGAAAAUUAUGCUUUCUGUUUGUUUUGUUAGUUUCUAUUUUCCCUGUAAAUUCCGUAAAUUUUUCUCACUAUUUCCGAUAGCAUCGUUAUAUAUUAUGGAAAGCAGGGGGUGUCUUUUUGGUGGAAACAGUAGAAUGUAUUGUACAUAUUAUUACAUAUAUUCUUGGGGUCUCCAUAAUAUGAUAUUACAUCUUGCAGAA